AUGGGCGAAAAAUUCGGAAUGAUUUAUAGUGUUUUAUCUACAUAUUACAUUGGGGCAACAAUUGCUUGCAUCGCGGGUCUUUAUGAACAAGGUCAAUUACGUGAGGCUCUAUUCAAUCUUUUAUUGGUGGCAACUUAUGUUUGUAAAGGAUUAAUUGAAAACAAACCACCAGAUAUGGAAUUAGAUUUGGAUCAAUGUUUGGAUUGGUAUAAAAAGACCGCAGCUGCAAUGGUUGUGUUCCUUGGAAUAACAUGCCUCAUUGAUCUUCACUUCUGUAUGGCAGUAUGGGCUUAUUAUCAAAAACUUAAAGUUGAAAAACAAUAUGACAAUAUUCCAGAAAAUGGUUAUAUUGUUUAUUAUACUCCAAUUCCUGCUUAUACAGUUUCGUUACCUCCCAGUUAUGAAAGUGUACCUCAAGAUGAUUUCAAAAAAUCUCAUAUUCCCAAAUUUUAUUUUAUAAUAUAUUUUAUUUAUCCUAAUUGUUUGAUCUUGUAG